CCGCGGCCAAGAUACCUAGAAUCUGCCAACUCCAACUCCGACUGAGAGGAUCGCAUUAACUUCGAUAUCCAUCGCUUGCGUCGCCUGCAACCAUCAAUCUUCCCAACAUGGCUCCUGCCACCCCUGCCGAAAGCGAAGCUCAUCAGCGACUCCUGGACUCGCUAGAUAUAGCGGCCGUUCCACGCCCCUUCCGAAGCCAGACCUGGAAACCUUCUCAACGACGAAACAAGAACGUCAAGCAGCUACUUUCCGACAGCUCUAGAAGGGAGGCAUCCUCGAUGGCCACGCAAGCAAACUCCGGCGCAACUACCCCUGGAGCUUCCGCCACCACAGAUGGGAGCCAGACCCCUGCCGAGGGCGCCCAGCGCGGAGCAAACAUCGCUCAGGCCGCACAGAGCCUCCAAACACUUGUUCUAGAGAAGAAUGCACGCGCUGCGUUCUCUUCAGGUCCCACCGUAACCUACACGAACAUUGAAUCUGCUCCUUCGCUUCACCCAUCGCAGCAACGGCCAUAUUGCGACAUUACUGGACUGCCGGCUGCAUACACCGACCCAAAGACGCGGCUGAGGUAUCACGACAAAGAGGUAUUCGGCGUGGUUAGGACACUCGGGCAGGGUGUGCCUGAGAACUACCUUGAGCUCAGGGCCGCUCACGUUGUUCUAAAAUAAGGGGCUACAAAUUCUACACCAAGAAACGUUCGUGCGAUAAAAAAAGACAUCAGAGGCAAGAAGCUACUUUCUCCGACACGAGGAUAUGUACGACCAACCAAGUCAAGCUCUUCCACCCACCAUGCCCCUUUCGAGACAGGCUCAAGAAAGCGCUCCGGCUUAUUCGUGAUCUUGUAUAUUAUAACAU